GCAUAUCCUGUGCGGUGCAUAUCGCAAUGUAAAGUUAGUUCCGUAUGCUUAGUAAGAAAAUCGUUGUUGAAAGAAAGCAAUUUUACUAGCGUUGAAGGCGUUGUCUCUCGUAGUACCUGUACGCCCGGCCUCUAUUUGUUUUGUCGUAGGUAGGUCGCAGGUCACACCGGGAUGGGUGGCGUGGCCGAACCUCGGUCAUAGGUAUAUACUUAUCGUCUCUUGGUGAUCGUGAAUACAUGCAUGGCCAAACAGACGUAAAACACAUAAGACGUUCAGGCAUUCAUGCAAAUAGGAAGAAAUAGGAGAAAAAAAAAGUCGGUGGGGCACUCGUGUUGGGGACCAUGAAGGAGGGGUCCGCCGAAUAUAAGCUAAACGGAUUAUCCCAUGGGUCACACGAAAUUUAGCUUCACACGGCACUUAUCGGGUGGAUUCUGAGUUGGUAGAUCCAUUGGUAUUUACCAAUUUUUUCUAUCUCUUACGAAACGCGUUGUGCCGCGAUCAAGUGCUUUCGUCACGCAUCUCGUGGAACUCGCAAGGAGUCAUGAAGAAAUUUUUCAUUUUAAUGACCGCGGUCAUUCUCACCGCCGCCGGACAAAGCAUCGAUGAAUGCUUGAAGCAAGACAGCAUAUCUUGUAUGCAGAAGACAUUGUACAGGAGCGCCAAGGAAUUCUUCAUCAAGGAUAAACUAGAGCUUGUGAAUGGAGUCAGCCUCGUAAAGAAUAAUGCCAACGCCAGAUCUGGCAAGGAACUUACGUACGAUCAAGAAAUAGAGGCCGCUAAUGACAUCACAGAACGACAGAAUUCCCUCGAGAACUUCAUUAGCGAUGAAGCUGGACAAUUUUUGACUGGUCGCAGUCUUAGGAUUGAUCUUGCAUCUGCUUUUAAGAAGAUCCACGAAUCAGCUCGUGCCAUUAGUGAAUCUGCUCCGCCAGAGAUUCGUCAGGCUGUUGAUGAGAUUGUUGAAGGUCGCAAGAAGAAGAAGGGAUCUAUGAAAUCAAUCCUACCCCUUCUGAUCGCUGCAAAAGUGAAGCUUGGUAUUUUAGGAGUUUUCUCAUACUUUUUCAUCUUAUUCUUAGCGAAGGUUGGGUUUGAAGCGUCUGUCAUUUCCCUCUUCAUCUCCGCCGCCGUCGCUUUGAAAUCAUUCUGGUCAGGCAAGACUUAUCAUCACGAAGUCACUGCUUACAAUAAUGGAUGGAACAAUGGAUGGGCAACUCCUGUCAGCAGUGGAUGGUCCAGUCCUGUGGUUCAGUCUACUGGAUGGGUCAACAGUGCUUCUUCUGGUUGGGAAGAUCCUCAUUACGCCCAGAGCCAAGCUUAUUCUGGAUAUCAUCACUAGUGCUAAUCGUCGAUGUUUCUUUUUUUCGUCUCUGUUUCCUCUUUUUUUUUCAUUCAACAAGAAAGAACGAGGAGAACAGAAUGUCGCUUAACAAGCCUCAGGUCCACCAUUCGUGAUAUCACAAGAUAUUUAUUUUUAUUUAUUUCAUUAUUAUUAUUAAAUAGUGAAUAGGCCAUUUCUGAUCCUUCCGUGAUGUACAUUAAAUAUAUAACAAUAUUCGUUAGCGUACGCGUAUGCAAAUAGAUCGAUAAAGUAUAACCAAACUGAAAACCUAGUCAACACAUGAAUGAUUAGUGAAGACGUACCUCGCUAAUUACAAAAUACGAUAUUACUUAUACAUUACAAUUUUAUCAUCGCAAAUUCAGCUGGAAUUUUAACGAAUUUUAACACUCUAAUAAAACUUACUCUCAACGCAGUUAAUAAUUCAUAAUCCAUAGUUAUAUCUAGUCCAAUACAAUGUAUAUGCAACAUAUUAAGCUAUAUGCU